AUGGCCGGGUGGUUCUCGUCAGGCACUUCUGUGCUCGAUGAGCAGAUCGAAAAGGCUACUUCCUCUAGUUUGGAGGAUAUCGCAACUUCGCUCGAGAUUACGGACCUCAUCCGAUCAAAGACAGUGCAGCCCAAAGAGGCCAUGCGGUCGCUGAAGAGGCGGAUAGGCAACAAGAAUCCCAAUAUCCAGCUAUCGGCCCUCAAGCUCACAGACACCUGCGUUAAGAAUGGUGGCUCCCACUUCCUCACGGAGAUUGCCUCCCGUGAGUUUAUGGACAAUCUUGUCUCACUACUCAAGGCCUACGGGCCCGCUGCGGUGAACGAAGAAGUCAAACAGAAGAUCUUGGAGCUGAUCCAGAGCUGGGCCAGUGCUGCUCAGGGGAGAUAUGAUCUGUCAUACAUCAACCUGAUAUACCAGAGCCUGCAAACAGAAGGAUUUAAAUUCCCGCCCAAGAUUGAGAUAUCCAGCAGCAUGCUCGACAGCAGUGCCCCGCCCGAGUGGACCGACAGCGAUGUCUGCAUGCGAUGCAGAACCUCAUUCACCCUGACGAAUAGAAAGCACCACUGCCGCAACUGUGGUAAUGUAUUCGAUCAACAGUGCUCGUCAAAGUCCAUUCCUCUGCCACAUCUGGGCAUUAUGCAGCCAGUGCGGGUCGACGACGGCUGUUACGACAAGUUAACCAAGAAGUCGAGCGGCGGCUCCGAUCGACGAGUAUCCUUCGCACCCAAACCGAGUUCGAUGCAACCUCGAAGCGCCCGAGUCGAAAACAGCAGCAGCUUUGAUGAGGACUUGAAAAGAGCGCUGGAGAUGAGUCUGGAAGAGGCCAAGGGAAUUUCGAGCUCGGGAUUUGUUCCCCAGGCACAGUCAAAGCAAGAGCCGGCAAAGAUAAAUGGUGUCUCAAACGAGGAAGAAGAUGACCCGGAUUUGAAAGCUGCCAUAGCCCUGUCUUUAAAGGAAGCUGAAGAACAGGCCAAGAAGCAUGCUGCUUCACUCAAGAAAACCACCACCGACGGAGCAACCUCCGCUCAGCCCUUUGUUAUGCCAAAGAACGAUUAUGAGUUAUCUGUGAUGGAAGCAGAGAACAUUAACUUGUUUGCCACAUUGGUCGACCGCUUGCAGCACCAGCCACCCGGUACCAUUCUCCGUGAGCCACAGAUUCAGGAACUAUACGAAAGCAUCGGGAAGCUUCGGCCAAAGCUGGCGCGAACCCUGGGCGAAACAAUGUCCAAAAACGAUACGCUCCUCGAUCUGCAUGCAAAGCUAUCUACAGUAGUGCGGUACUACGACCGAAUGCUGGAAGAGCGGUUGAACAACACUUAUAAUCAGAGAAACCCGGGAUAUGCGGCUUAUGGAAUGCCCUCCCCUGCAGCGCCUCAGGGUAUGUAUCCCUCGAUAUCAUCAGGACCACCGCCAUCAAUGAGUGCUGGACCAGGUGGAGCGGAGAAUUACUAUUUCAACAAUGCGCCAGUGGAGACUUAUGCUCCUCCUACUCAACCAACGCCCCUCCCUCAGCCUCAGCGUUCAUAUUCAUAUUCGAGUCAGAAACAGGAUGCUCCUGGCUCACCGUAUCAGUAUCCAACUCAGCCGCCAGCACAACAGCAUCAACCCAUGCCGCAACCACCACAAUUCAAUCAGCCACCUUCGCCGCAGAUGUACCAACAUCAACCCGCUGUACAGCCACCGUACCCAUCUCAGUCCUCUCAACCUCCAUCGAUGUACCCACAGAUGCCACCCCCGGAUCCACAACAGGCUCCGACGCCUUACACUCAGAUGCCGCAGCUGCCACCUGAGGCUCCCACUCCUCAACCCCAAACUCAAUAUCCUCCACCCCCGUCUCAACAAGCGACACAACAGCCGUAUCAAAGACAACCGCCUCUGGAGCAGACACAGGCCCCAGCACAAGUUUACUCACAGCAGCCACCACAGCAGCAGCAGCAAUUUGCUCAACCGUACCAGCAGCCCCAACCGCCAUCCGCGCAACAACCACAACCACCAAUGUCCACGGGUGGCUCGUAUGGCACACCCUAUCCCACAUAUACCCAGGAUCAAUUUCCUUCUGCGCCACAACAUAUGCCGGCUGCAUACAACCAGCCUGCCGCACAUCCUACCCAGCCACAGCCCGUUGCUGUGGAGGAAACUUUGAUUGAGCUUUGA